GAGCGAACUGUAGCAGCGCCGGCGCGGGCGGAGAGGAGGGAGCCGGGCUAGGGACGCGAAGGAGGGAGAGGGCGAGGCGAGGCUGGGACCCUAAAGCACUCACUUUUCCGCAAAGUGCCAACUUCACGGGAGACUGUGCCGGGCGCGCACCGUCCAGGCGCGGGGGAAAGUCAGCGGGAAUUUGAGUGUUUGGGGGAAGAAAGUCGGAUUUCCCCCAUCCCCUUUCCCCUGUUAAGAAUCCCUAUUAAAAAGAAAAACAACAACAGUAGCAGCAAACUUGCUAUCAUCCCGUCUGUCCCCCACUCCUGGCACCAUGAAGGCGGCCGUCGAUCUCAAACCGACUCUAACCAUCAUCAAGACAGAAAAAGUCGAUCUGGAGCUUUUCCCCUCCCCUGGUCUGAACUCCGGCGCUGCCGAAUUACAACUGCUUUCAUUUGUUUUUCCUGCUUCCCUACCAUGUAAUGGUCAAGGGCUCAUUGGAACCAUGUGUGUGCCUGAUAUGGAAUGUGCAGAUGUCCCAUUAUUAACUCCAAGCAGCAAAGAAAUGAUGUCUCAAGCAUUGAAAGCUACUUUCAGUGGUUUCACAAAAGAGCAGCAACGACUGGGAAUCCCAAAAGACCCUCGGCAGUGGACCGAAACCCAUGUUCGGGAUUGGGUGAUGUGGGCUGUGAAUGAGUUCAGUCUGAAGGGUGUGGACUUCCAAAAGUUCUGCAUGAAUGGAGCAGCCCUCUGUGCCCUCGGUAAAGACUGCUUCCUUGAGCUGGCUCCAGACUUUGUUGGGGACAUCUUAUGGGAACAUCUAGAGAUCCUGCAAAAAGAGGAUGUGAAACCGUAUCAAGUUAAUGGAGUCAACUCUGCCUAUCCAGAAUCCCGCUAUACCUCGGAUUACUUCAUUAGUUACGGUAUUGAGCAUGCUCAGUGCGUCCCUCCAUCUGAGUUCUCAGAGCCCAGCUUCAUCACAGAAUCAUACCAGACCCUCCAUCCCAUCAGCUCGGAGGAGCUCCUUUCCCUCAAGUAUGAGAACGACUACCCUUCCGUCAUUCUGCGGGACCCACUCCAGACAGACACCUUACAGACUGACUACUUUGCCAUCAAACAAGAAGUUGUAACCCCAGACAACAUGUGCAUGGGGAGGACCAGUCGGGGUAAACUCGGGGGCCAGGACUCUUUUGAGAGCAUAGAGAGCUACGAUAGUUGCGACCGCCUCACCCAGUCCUGGAGCAGCCAGUCAUCUUUCAACAGUCUGCAGCGUGUCCCCUCCUAUGACAGCUUCGACUCUGAGGACUAUCCGGCUGCCCUACCCAACCACAAGCCCAAGGGCACCUUCAAGGACUAUGUGCGUGACCGUGCUGACCUCAACAAGGACAAGCCUGUCAUUCCUGCUGCUGCCCUGGCUGGCUACACAGGCAGUGGACCGAUCCAGCUGUGGCAGUUUCUUCUGGAAUUACUCACUGAUAAAUCCUGUCAGUCUUUUAUCAGCUGGACAGGAGAUGGCUGGGAAUUCAAGCUUUCUGACCCAGAUGAGGUGGCCAGGAGAUGGGGAAAGAGAAAAAACAAACCCAAGAUGAACUACGAGAAACUGAGCCGUGGCCUUCGCUACUAUUAUGACAAAAACAUCAUCCACAAGACGGCGGGUAAACGCUACGUAUACCGCUUUGUGUGUGAUCUGCAGAGCCUGCUGGGAUACACCCCUGAGGAACUCCACGCCAUGCUGGAUGUCAAGCCGGAUGCCGACGAGUGAUGGACCAGGAAGGGACUGGGGGACCCUGCUGACACCUUGCAAAGAACAACCACUUUGGUUGGACUCCUAUUUUUUAAUUGUUAUUCUAUUUUUUAUUUUCCAGAACUCAUUUUUUUACAUUCAGGGGUGGGAAUUAAGGGAGCUGCAGCUGUAAUCCAUUGUACGUGGUCACAAAGGGAAAGCCAGGACUUGUGGGGUGGGUGGGGCAAGACAUUCUUGAGUAAAUAUUCAGGACAGAAAAAAGGGUCUUUUUAGAAGCUUGAAGGAUCUGAGUUAAAGGAGGAAGAGACUAACAUGUCCAGUAAUUUUUUUUUUUUUUUACUUCACCUAUGGAAAAAAAAUGCAUCUUGAAUUUUAACAGACCCAAUAGAAAGAGAAAUUGUCAUAUCCAGAGUCAUGAGACUAAUGAAAGGCAGUUGGGUAGCUUUUGUUUUUAAAUCUGGGAGGGGGAAAAAAGGAGGGGGGAUAAAAACAUUUUCUUUGGGGGAUGCACUAAAAACCAAGAAUUUUACCUUUUGCUCUACUUUUUGAAACAGAGAUGGAUUUCAGUGGGGGAGGGGGCCAAAACUGUUUUUGCGUUAAAAUUGAUUUUAUUAAAUUUUGUGCCAGUAUUUUUUUUUUCCUAAAAAAAUCGUCUUAAGCUCUAAGGUGGUCUCAGUAUUGCAGUAUCACACAAGUUUGUUCUUAUUUGCUGACUGAGGAUUUUGUCAUAAUGAAAGAAAACUGUUUAUAUAGACCCCAUUGGAAAAGUGAAGCUCUGUCACUGAGAUCAGGGAUCCCAAAUUCAUGUGACUUAUAUAUGAAGGAAAUAUUAAUGCUGAUUUGGGUACAGGAGAACUGCACAUGUGAAUUUCAUGAAUAAUUUAAAAAUAAUUAUCACACCCCUUUACUUAGUUUGUCACUAUUGAAGUCUUGGGUUUGGACUUAAUGUUCAGCUAAUAAGCAUUAAGUCUUUGAACUGAAUGUAUUUUGCAGUCCUGGUUUUAGACUAUAAUCAACGUUGGCACGCUAUUGAAGUUGGGGAAAGGAAAUCAAAGAGGGAAGAUGAACUGGGUUCUUGAGUCAGUCUCUAUCUGUAACAUAAGUGACUUAGAGUAGAAGCUGUAUGCAUGGGCAUUACCCUUCUAGUCUUAAAAAGUAAGUCCUAAAAUGCAUGUCAUUCCAAAUCAACACUUUAUAAUUUAUCCUUUAUGUUUUCUUUUCCCAGAAUCCCCACAUUUAUUGCCCCCCCCAUCCCACUCUGUUAUUCAGUAGGCAGAAUGUACAGCUUUCUGAUAAGUGAGUGAAAGAGUAACUUCAGACACAAAGAGUGUAGUCUUGCUGAGUUUUAGAGGCCAUGAAAAUUAAGAGAGCAUUUCUGUAAAAUGUGACUUGGCUGUCUCGGAAGAGAUGUACAGGCUUUCCUUUGAAGAACCGAAGCUAGUCAGGUAGGAUGUCAGGUGAGACCGAGCACACAGAGGACAGGAAGGACCUGGAUGGUGUUAGGGCCUCGUGCUUGAAUCUCUUGUCUUGGUAGAGGGUAGGUGAAGGUUCACUGCAGAAGGGAGGGAUGACUUGAAGGCAGAGGGAACAGGAGCUUGAGUGAAGAAAAUAAGGUGGUCCAUGAGAUUUGAAUUUAUUUUUAGUUCUCCCGAAGUUUAAACACAAACACAGUCAACCGUGGCAGUCAUCUUUCUGCUGGUUGUGAGGAGGGGCUCUGAAAAUGAGGUUUGGGGGCAAAAACCAACCUUUAACUGGGGAGGAAAUGUGCCUGAUGCAAUUAGAAUUUCUCCCACUUUUUCCACCCCAGUUAAAAGGAUGACAGCGGACUUCCAUGAAUAAGAGGGAGAAACAAGUAAGAUGAGCUUCUCAGGGCUGGUCCCUUUCGAGAAAGGGACUUAGCUAAGAAACUGGAAGCACUAACUACCUUCUAGCAUAUCUUCAUGAAAGUUGAUUGCUAACUCCCAGAUCCCCUUACAGACCCUAAAUUUUCAGGAAAGAAGCUCUGUGAUCCAUGAGUAUCCUCAUACUGAUCGAUUGGACCAUCCACACGCAAAGUAAAGGCAGAAUUGUCCCAGCUAUGUAUUUUGAUCUUACAGAUGCAGGUGCCUUAAUGAAGCUCUCAAAAUAUGUUUGGAGCUGCUCAGGGAGUGUUAGGUGGAACCAUUUGGACUACAUUGUUUUCUUUUAGAUUAUGUGAUCUUUGUUGGGCACUGGCAAAGUGUGUGUAUGUGUUUGUGUGUGUGCGCGUGCUCGUGUGUGUCUGCAGACAUGCAAAACUGUGGCCGAACUAAUACCUAGGUUUUGUAGUUAAGUCUUUCCACAUGUUGAUAAUGGGUGGGAGUAGAACCAAGGCCAGGUAUUGGUCAUUGCUUGCUAUUUGCAGCCAGGCAUAAAAUCACUUUCUCAAGUCAUCAGCCUUUUCUAUGAAAUUGAUGCUGAAAACUCCCCUGCUGAGUCUGUGUAACACCUGCAAUCCCAAUAGCAGAUAAGAUGUAAGUGCCUCCUAGCGCUCCCCAGCCGGCUUCUUUACUAAGAUGCCCUUUCUCUAGGGCCACUGUUUUCUGGAUUUGUAGAUAGUAUAUUAGUUCAGACAGCUUUGUCCAUCUGGCCAGAUGCUUUCUCCCCUCUUGUCCAAAGGCCAGAGACCAUCCCAGGAAGAGUGGUGGGUGGUUUAUACACUGGAAAUGUAGCAGCAUUGUUGCAUUUAUGCUUUUUAAAAACACGUUAACUUCAGAGGAAGGACGGGCAAAUCUGGUCUCACUGGGUGAAACCCUAAUUUUCUUGGAAAUGCCUUAACCAAUGUGGGUUUUGGUUUGGGGCUCAAGAGUCACGUGCAUUCCCUUCUCCAUUCAAGGAAGGGAUGUCCCUACAUGGAGCCCUGAUUUUGUGCCCAAGAGGAUUGAUGGUAGCAUUCAAAGAUCAGAGGCGCUCUUCCUCACUUUGGAGAUGAACACUCUGGGUUUUAAAGCAUUAACCUGCCUAACUUUCAUGGUGAAAAAUACACCUCUUUUCUAGUCAUGCUGUGCAUGUUGCUUUCUCUGUUGGGGUCUAUAUAAAUUUGUUGAACUCUUAUCUACAUUCCAAAGAAGUUUCAAGGAACCAUAAGUAUAUGUAUACAUAUACAUAUAUGGAAUAUAUAUAUUAAAAUAAAAUUAUCUCUAUCAGGAAUACUGCCUCAGUUAUUGAACUUUUUUUAAAGAAAACUUUUUUUUUAAAGCUAAGAAGUAUUGGGGUGAAAAAGAUGUUAUAUUGUGUUUGACUAUUUUCCAACUUGUAUUUUCAUAUAAUUUAUAUUUUUUAAAUGUCAAAAAUUUAAAAGCAAGAUAAAAAAAAGAAGGAAAAGCAGGUGCUUUUUAAAAAAUCAGAACUGAGGUAGCUUAGAGAUGUAGCGAUGUAAGUGUCUAUGUGUUUUUUUUUUUUAAAUGCAAAAAAAAAAAAAA